UACAGCGAGCUGAUAUGGCUUUACUGCAAUGAUAGAAUUGAGCACGCAGUCAAAAAUUAUUUUUAUGUGAACGGGAUGUCGACCUCGCCCACGAGAACUUGGGCGGCAACUGAACUGUGUUGCAGGUGGUGGUUGUGGCACUUGCCAAUCACCGUUUAUUUGGUCCUCUUCACACGUCUAGCUUCCUCCAGUGCAGCUCACAUGCAACAAUAGCUCUCUACAGCUCGUCGGUGCCCCAUGACGUUGCCCUGUGGUCUGUUUAGCUUGCCGCUGCUCUGUCUUGUUGCAGCGGCGUCUAUGGCAGAGGGAUGGACGUCGCCGUGUAACGUAACUGUCAAUAUCUCGCGUUGUCCAGCGAGAUCAGAUUUCCAACGAGUCUUCAUUACCGAUGCCUUUCUCUUGGGAGCCGUAUGCAACGAUCGUUCUGAGGGUUUUUACUAUCAAAGAAUGACGGGGAGUAGCAAGUGGAUUAUCUACAUGGAGGGUGGAGUCGGGUGCGGCAAUCUACAAAAGUGCAAUAGGAGAUAUCAAGAACGGCCAGAACUGAUGUCCUCUGCUAACUACUCUGCCGACAUCACGGGACGAGAUAUAUUUGAUCCAGACCCAAUGAUCAAUCCUGAUUUUUGUGACUACAAUAUGAUUCUCUUGCCGUACUGUACAAGUGAUCUAUGGGUUGGAAAUUCUCCUUGGAACUCUUCGCUAGACGAGAAGUUUGAGUUCAACUCUUCCGCCACUUACAAUCAGUUUGUGUUUCGCGGCACGACCAUCUUUAGAACGGCUGUGAAAGAGUUGUUGGAGCAAGGCCUUCACACAGCAGAACAUGUGGUUUUGGCUGGGAGCAGUGCGGGUGGCAUCGGAGCCAUGAAUCAAGCUCGUUGGCUAAACUCACAGCUUUCCAACAGUACAACAUUUUCAGUUCUCUUGGACUCGUCGUGGUUUAUAAAUUUUGGAGGCAGCCUGAGCGAGGAAUUUGACUUCCAGUACAUUCAGGAAAACAUGAAUUUCAAUAGUCAUCCUCCGUGUAGAGGUCUUGCUGCAGGUGGCAUUCCAUGCUGUUUAUCGGCUUCCUGCAUGCUCGAGUCUGACAAUUAUUUUCCUGGAGUUCCCGUGUUUGUCAUUUCCAGUCAGUACGAUUUGUUUGUCCUCUCUCGCUCGCUUCGUAAGUUUGAGAACGACACAGACGAAGUCAGGCUCCUCGAAUCGUUUAGAACCAUCACGGAAUACGGAGGAGCAAUGAAAAUACGCUUCCAGGACGCGGGAAGCAGAUCAAAGAACGUGAGCUAUUUUGUUCCGUCUUGUCUGCAACAUGUUUACCUGGCGACGUCGAGUCUUCGUGACGUCGGAGGCUUUCUACGUACAUAUGAAAACGGGACAUCGAAUGACAUUGAAUUUGGUUCUGAUACGAGAGACUUCAGGUCUGCCAUUGAGCCUGGAACGUGGAUGAAGACGUAUAUCAAGAACGAAAACACGUCGCACGAGGUCACUGUUCGAUGUGCAAUCCACGAGUGGAACCGGAAGGUUCUCACGCAUGGCAUCGCCGGAUUUCAGGCUGUCCGCUACUUCGAUGCCUGCUUUGGCGCAAGGUGCAAUCUUCAAUGCCCGGAGCGAGUCUUGCUGGGAAUUUUGAACGAAUUGUGGCCCAAAGUGGCUCGAUACUCUGUUGUGGCAUUGGUUUUUGCUGUGGCGAUAUUCUGCAUUUGUUUUAAGGCAUUUAUUAUGUGCAAGAAGCGUGCGCUUCUGACAAGAUUCCAAACUUAUAUAAACUUGAGAGAAGUAAACGUGGACAACAAGAGAUCCUCGGUGAUGGUUAGCUUGGAAGCUGAAGCUAUUGGGAUUGCGUGUUUGAACGUUCGCUACAGUGUGCGUUUGUCUCGAGAGGCUAUUGUACGAGAAAGGAAUUUGCAGAAGCUUAGAUUGGCUGCGGAGGAAGAGACGCAAGCCGUUAUGAACCUUUCUCUUGAAGUUCAGAAAUGGGAAUCCCCGACAGGACAAGGUGCAGUACGCGACUUGUUGUUUGGAUCUUCUUGGACCAGAGUGGGCGUGCCUAGGGCCGACAGUCAUGACCUUGAGAAAAUGAACGGAUCUAACGGAUACCACGACGAAACGUCAUCAGAUGGCUUUUUAUCUAACGGUGAUAAGGAAAUCAUUCACCGAAAACAGUCGGAAGUUAUUGAAGGCAGUAGUGAAAAAGUGAUAUUGAAGGGAAUAUCAACGUAUUUUAAUCCCGGCGAGAUGGUGGCCGUGAUGGGACCGUCCGGAAGUGGAAAGACUACAUUUCUUGAUUUGCUGACAGGUCGACGAAGAGAAGGCAAACAACAGGGUCGAAUAUUCAUCAAUGGACUGCCGUUUCACUUGCUGCGCGAAUGGUACGUGAAGCACACGGGAUAUGUAUUGCAGCUGGCUGUACCAUAUUACGAGGAGUUGACCGUGAGACAGAAUCUACUUCUGGCCGCGUUUAUGAGGCUCCCUCGCUCGUUGUCGUACGACGAACGCUUUCAGAGGGUCGAGGGCGUCAUGGAGCAGACGGGAUUGACGAGUGUGAGGGAGACGGUGGUAGGAGGGUCUACAGGACCCGGUCUCAGUGGUGGGCAGAAACGGCGACUAGUUGUUGCUAUUCAGUUGCUUAGCAUGCCGAAGGUCAUAUUUCUCGACGAGCCAACGUCGGGUUUGGACGCAACGUCGUCGAUGGAGCUGCUGCAGCAUCUUAAGUGUGUGUCCGCCAGUGGACGGUUGGUCGUGUUGACCAUCCAUCAGCCGCGACUGGAAAUAUUCAAUAUGUUUGAUCGCAUCUUGCUUUUGUGUCAAGGAGAGGUGGCAUACUACGGAUCUCCUAUAGAUGCGCCGAAGCUUUUCCUCCAAGCUUAUCAGGUGGCCAAAUUGCAAGGCCAAGCACCGAUUCUUGACCACACAAAAAAUCCGGCCGAUAUCAUCAUGGAUAUGCUCGGCAACGAGGCGCACAGACAGGCGAUCAUGAACUACUACAAGAUGACAUUCGAACUAAAAGCCGUCAAGCAAGCCAUUCGAGUCGCAAAGCGAGACGCCAGUUCCGAAAAAAAAAAAAGCAUCGACAAAGACAAUAGGAAAGCCAAUAGCGGUUGGCUAAAUCGUAUUCUUGUUUUGGAAACGAGAGCAUCAUUACGAAUAACAACGCUACAGAGUUUAUACCUUCCUGGGAUAUUCUUACUUUUCGCUGUGGUUGCAGGUCUGGCUUACCUUCAAGCAGACGCUAUGGUGCUCAUAAUGGCCGCUUUCUCGAUCUACAGUUUUAGUAGCGCAAUAUUUAUGUUUCCUCCUAUUCAUUAUCACUUGGACAAGGCUAUCCAGAUAUACCGUCUGGAACGAGACGAUGGAGUCAUUCGUUCUAUCGAAUUGCUUCUGCAGACGUUCAUUCGCUAUGUCGCCCUUGCAGCCAUUCCUCUAGUGGUUUGCUCCAUAGUUCUCUGCAUUAUGGUCUUGCCUUCGCAGUUUUGGACCGUCGAUCGGGUCUUCUUCGUGGCGCUCUUCACGCUCGCUUUGAACCAGACGUGGACGUCGAUAGCCAUCUUUCUCGUUUGCGCCUUUCCAAAACACGGCCAUAAAAUCUCUCCGCUCGUCUCGUGCUCCGCGGGCUUCGCAGGUGGAUUUCUCAUUCCGCCGUCGAGAAUGAAGCCUUAUUUUAAGUGGUUACUUUAUAUCAACCCUAAUUAUUACGGUUAUGCUGGCAUGCUGAGGGAACUACUGCCGACUCUUCAGACGGGAUGCGAUUUCGAUUCGACUAUCGAGUGUUAUCCUGACACUGGAGAGUACUGGAUCGAGGACUUCGGCUUGCACGACGUCCAACCUCAUCUCUUUCUUGCGAUUCUGUUGGCUAUGGCGUUGGCUGCGUUUCUCUUUGCUUGGCUCGCCAUCGAGGUGCACUACUCGAAUUUUGGUCUGAAAAGUCUGCGGUCGUUUUGCUGUGGAAAGGCGAAAGCAAGGCGAGAAAUUGGUGGUUAUUCAAGUACAGCAUCACAUGAGGACGACGACGACGACGACGACGACGACGACGACGACGACGACGACGACGACGACGAUGCAUUUGAAAGCGAAUCAGUAAAGGUUUUUGGUGUGCCUCCUUUGUCGCCUGCUCUUGCUUUUGACGACGAAGGUACCAACGCUGACGACGAUGUAAAAGGCAACUCUAGGAAGGGCAGCAUUGCAUUCUCUAUGAGUUCAAUCCGUAGGAAGUCGAAGAGAAAUGUAGCGCAUUCUACUAGCAGCUAUGUGCUCGAAGAAAAUUCUCAUAGCGUCUUUUCUCCUGAAGACAUUCGUCGGGGUAACGAUCGUAAAGUGUCCACUGUUUCUGCACUGGAAAAUGUGAGGCUCACUGUAGCCAGAGAGUCGAUGAUUCGCAGGCGGCGGAUGAACUCUUCCAUAAGGGACUUCAAGAUUUUGCAGAAAUCACUCCAGGAUAACGAAGAGGACUUGAGUGCAAUGAAUCAUAGCGUGCCAUUGAAACGUAUUUACCGGAGUGUUAAAAGGAAGAAAUCACUGUGUGCACAAGCAUCAGCCAAAUCUGCAUUUCUGUCUGUCAAAGAAGUAGAAGAUGAAGGAACACCUGUCUAAGUAUCUAAACAGCUCUCUUUGAAACGUUAUAAUCGCUGACGAGGUAACUGAGACUGCGAAACGACAUUUUCUUAUCUUUGCUAGUAGAAUCGGCGAUCGUAGAGUAAUGAUGGUAUUUGGAUAGAAAUGGUGAAGUUUGCUUUACUUUCCGCCGACUUUUGUUUAUGUGGAUUUACUACAAGAGUUAAUAUUACAAUUGUUGAGUUUGAAUAUAUAAAAACCGUAUGAGUACACACCGUACAUGUAUAUAGUAAGAUGGAAAAUCGUAUACGACUUAUCCAUCUGAACAUUAGAGGACGAAACCGAACGGGAAGAAUAAUUAUAUGACCAUUUUACUGACAUGCAAGCUAGAAAGGCAGCGCUAUACUCCAAACUCGCGUAUACAGUGAGUAGGCAGCCUAGACGACGGAACGAUGGAGGCCGUAGGGCACGUGCCUCCACAAAAUUGUUGAUGCAUAUCUGUGCCCCACAUACCUGCCUAUGUCUAGAGAACUAAAUUUUACUCCUAAUUAAAACUUAGAUUGAUAGCGCGCGUUAGAGUCUGAUUAGACGGAAAUAAGUGUCUUUUUAAUUAAUUAAUACUUGAUCUUUGGACGUCUCAAGCUAAGAAGUCAAG